AUGGGGGACGUGGUCGUCGUCGUCGAGAUGAUCAUGAUGGUGGUGGUGGGAGGGCUCGUCGUCGAAGGGGUCGUCGUCCAUCAGGUUCAGGCUGUGGAGCCCCCGCACCGGACUCGUCCCGAGCGUCGGGAUCCCGACCCCGCUCGUCGACGUCGGCGUCUCGUUGAAGAAGUCGAGCUCGGAGGCGAGCGCUCGAAGGAACUUCGUCCGCGGAUGCACCCGGGCUAG